GCAACGAGAGGGUACCAUCUUGUUCGCCUGAUGCCAGCGACAUUUACGAACUUACAUCGAAAAGCGCUAGAAAACCGGGACCGUUCUGUCCCACUGGUCGGCAAUAGCCGGCGGAAAGCUAGCCGGCCAUUUGAACGAGUUCAGUUCUAUAGUGGCCUUGUGGCUUUUGGUCGUUUCUCCCGGACUCGAGCACUGAACGGCGUCAACGGACGCAAUAGCCGAACGUAUCACCAGAAUACUAAAGCCAGUCCGGGUCGAUAACCGGGCGAAUUUUGGCUCCGAGCGCCGCAUCCGGCCAAGGGAGAGAAAAAGGAUUUAAAUGACGGCCGCCUGCAGAGACGCUGGUAGAUGGAGUCACGAACAAAGUGCUGACGCUGGCCAAUAUAUAUAUAUAUAUAUAUAUAUAUAUAUUGUGCGUCGAACAGAGGUAGAGUGCAAAAGAUACGAGGAGCAAGACCAGUUAACCUACCAGCCGGCUAGCCAAAAUGAGGCUUGUGCUAUGCGCUUUAUUGAUUGGCACAACCGCUGGAGUACCCUUAGAGCCUUGCCUUGACAAUGCAAGAUUGUUGUCAGCCGCCGACACAAAACCUGCUUCUGCAAAAGCAAAGUCAACGAUAAAGGGUAAAGACCAACCGUGUGGAAUACAGGCGGCUCCUUCGACUUUUAGUGCCGAAGAUGAUAACGAGUCCCGGCCGGAAAAAAUACCAGGACACUUGUCCCAAUCAAAGGCAAAUCAAAUGAGUGUUCGGCUCCUUGGACACGAGACAGCCCAUAAACUGUCCGGCUUCGAUUUGUUGAUGCGAGAUCAAGCUCUGGAAGAGGCCGAAAAGCGAAUGAAAGAACAACAAACGAAAAACACAGAAAACAAAGAAGACAUUUCAAAGAUGCCAGAGCCAGCGAGUUCUAUGAAGGGACAACCUACCAUGGUUAACUCUAAGGAAAAAAUUAUAAUGAAUUCUACGUGUAGUGUUUCUGCCACCGAUGCUAAUCAGGUUGUGCCUUUUUAUAACAGUGAAAAUAAUAUAAAGGUUAUCGCGUCCAGAGUUUUCGCUGGCGGCGACAGGGCUUUAGGCAAACCGUUUAUGAAUAAAUACAUGCCUAUAAAAGUUCAACCCAAUAAUAAACCCGGCAAAAUGGGGAAAGCACUUGCAGUGGAACAUCUGACGGAAACAACUUUCAUGAAAAAGGAAGAAGGUUUAGUGUCGUACUCAUUCGAAAGUGAUAUGAUGACCGCAGGCAAGUCGGCAAGCAGAAAAACGCCCUCAAUGCCAAACGCUGUCAAGACGGAUGCAGAAGAAAAACAAGCUGAUGAUGCGAGGACUAGUCUGAAAGCAAGGGAUAAGUUACCGAUAAAGAGCGCAGCUAAAAUUAUUCCUUCCAGAUAUUCGUCAGCUGUUCUAGUAGAGCCUACAACUGUAAUGGACGCAAGGUCUGAAGAAAAAGGUAGCUUUGUUAAGCAAGAGACCCAACCAAGUGGUGCUUCUGUGAAGUCGAAAACAUUUACCGUGAAGAGUGCUUCAAGACAGUUUGGUUCCAUCCCAGAGAGGCAACCUUAUACACACGAGCGUUUGCUGCAUCCAGGAGAAGUCAACUCAUAUAAUGGUUACAAGGUUUAUCGUGCCAUGGUCGGCUUCAGAAGCACCGAGAGUUUUUUUAACGAACUCGCAAACGAUGAAAGUCAAAAUGUGACAUUCUGGCAAAAACCUCUUGUUGGUAGGAACGUCACGUUUAUUAUGCCAACUAUAACAGCACAAACAGUAGAAGCAGCACUAAAGAAGCGGAAACUAAGAUACACGAUACUUACAGACAAUCUUAAAACUUGGAUCGAUGCUGAGCGCAAAGAACUUAAUCCAAACCUAUUUUUAGAAGAGCGAAAUAUGGAAAAUUUCAAGUUAAACAAGUACCACCGACUCGACGAGAUUUACUCGUACCUGGACUUGCUUGCCAGCAAAUACCCUGCGCUUGUUCAGCUCGUAACCCUAGGUCAUACCUACGAGGAUAAUCCAAUUCGGGGUGUCGUGGUCUCCACAGGAGGAAACAAACGUGCCAUCUAUAUCGACUCUGGAAUCCACGCUAGCGAAUGGAUUUCGAUCGCAUCGGGACUCUAUUUGCUUAGCAGUAUUGUGUCGGGCGCAAAAAAUGACACCGAAAUUAACACGCUGUUAGAUAGGUUUGAUUUUCACUUUGUUCCGGUCGUCAAUCCCGAUGGCUACAAGCAUUCUUGGAUUGGUGAUCGUCUCUGGAGGAAGAACCGAGUUCGCUUUCAGGGUUACCACUGGUGCGCGGGAGUGGAUCCAAACAGAAAUUUCGGUUAUCACUGGGGCGAUGAAGGAGCUAGUGCCAAUCCAUGUGCCCAGGAUUACCGAGGCCCAUUCGAGUUUUCCGAAAGCGAAUCACGUGCCGUACGAGAUUAUGUCACCUCGUUGAAGGGUAACCUUUCCUUAUAUAUGAGUCUGCAUUCGUUUGGUCAGUAUCUGCUGUUGCCUUAUGGAGCUGGUCCGCUUCUCGUGAGUGCUCAACAUGAUGAGCUCAUGGCUGCUGGCUCGGUUUUUCGAGAUGCGAUUUACAAAAAGUCCGGUCAGAUAUAUCGCGUUGGCAGUUCAAAACAGCUGCUGUAUCCAGCAUCGGGCACGUCGAACGACUGGGUGCAUAGCCAAGGGGUUAAGUACGCGUUCGUAGCAGAGUUGUGUGACCAGGGUGACUAUGGUUUUCUUCUGCCAACUAGCCAGAUUUUGCCAACAGCCAUCGAACUUUUCGAAGGCGUGAAAGCUGUAGCCAAAACGAUCGCUUCAACUGAACUAUGAAGCUUUAUCGCCUGAAGUACUUUGCUCGGUCCGGCAACUCGAGUCUGACUAAAGCAUUGAUGUUACGCAAACACCGAAGAUGUAUCAUAGAACCAUUUCUUGAAACCAUGGCAUCAUGACACUUUCUAACCCCUGCGUCCCACGCUAAUACCAGCCCAAUUCUGCCCAACAUGUACAGUCUAUGAUAUUAUUAACAAGACGCGUGUUAUGUAGAAAAAUGGAAUGACUAGUUCGCAUGCGUGACAUACAUACAAGAUACUGAUAUGUAUGUGCCAAUGGAAAUGACCCUGGAGCAAACAGCGAUCUAUUCCGUCAACGUGCCGGCACACACAUACAACCCUAAUACAUGUAAAUAUCAACUAUAUUUAUAAAUUGAGUAAAGGAGCUCGUCGUACAAAUAGACAGAUAAUCGUUUCUCAGAUUCAUGGAGGUCAGGGGUAUUCAACAUAAAUAAAGUACAUUAAAUUUUCUCAUAAAGACUUCAUUUUUAUUUCCAACAUGUUAAAACAAAAUGAACAACUGAACUGUAUAAUAACGUUUACCUUGUAAUAAACAAAUAUAUUAGCCUAA